AUGUCCCCCCGUCUGUCGACUCGCCUCAGUAUACGCUGGGUGCCUGGCGAGGCAUCAGAACCCACCGAUACCUUAAUCAUUGGAGUCGGCGGCUGGUAUGUCGACCUUCGCAUCACCAAGCUUGACGGGUCAAUCGACUGGGCAAUGGCUGGUGAAAGGCUCAUAUUGUCACAAGAGCCAUUAACCUGCAAAUGGACUCACUGGAUCGACUCGAGGGGAUAUACCGAGCCUGAUGUCGGCAGCUUCAAGCCUGCCUCUCAAUCAACGGACAGUAUCGAAACAGGCAGCAUGCUUCACCCAGAAACCAAUAUUAUGACACCAUACGAGGAAGUCUGGCGAACCCUCCCUGCAAUCUUCACGGAUCGUUUUCCUUCGGCCUGGAUACUGCGCAGCGUGGAUGGCAAGACUUUUCUAGGUCAGCUUGGGGGAGAUUUUCUAGCUUUGAAAGGUGGAAACGAAGGACCAGCCGGGAUGACGGGGUUCUGUGCCCGAAGAGAGGCUUGGGACGACGCGAAAGGUGACUGGAUCACAAAAUAUGAAACAGGAGACGAACAGAAUCUUCAAAAUCUUCCUAGAUUGGCCCAAGAGACGCAGAACAGAGCGGGCAAGGAGAUGGAAUGGGUGGAGGGCAGCAAGGAGGGCGAUACUGUAGACGUCUUUGGGGCACAAUACGUUCAAUCUCUUCGACAGUACACCUCGAAUAUUCUGUCUCUCGAAACGAUCCUCGAACAAUUAGACCUGGUAGAACAGCGAGAAACGCAGUCAAGCAUGCCAUUCAAGCCCCAAGACAUUCCCGACCUGUCGGGUCGAGUAUACUUUGUCACUGGAGGUACGGCUGGUCUGGGAGCGGGCUCCAUUUCCUUGCUUGCCGCGCACAACCCAGCACAUAUCUACUUUUCCGGGCGGAACAGCGAUAAGGCCAAACGGGUGAUUGAGAAGGUCCAGUCGCAGAACCCGGAUGUGCCCCUUACCUUCAUCGCCUGCGACCUGGCAGACAUGGCUUCGAUACGAAAGGCUGCCGAGCAAUUUCUCGCUCAAGAAUCGCGGUUGGACGUCCUCUUCGCCAAUGCGGGAGUCAUGGCUCUGCCUCCCAGCACGACGGCAGACGGGUAUGAGAUCCAGUUUGGUACCAACCACCUGGGCCACGCGAUGCUGAUCAAGUUGUUUCUUCCGUUGAUGCAGCGGACCUCGAAGAAUGUCCCCGGAGCGGACGUGCGGAUCGUCAGUUGCUCGUCGAUCGCGUACAAGCAAGCACCCAGAGAAGGGAUCGCUUUCGACACGCUGAAAACACCUCAGGAUGGAUUGGGCAGCCUCGUUCCCGGUGGGAAGUGGUGCCGCUACGGACAGAGCAAGCUGGCGAACCUGCUGUACGCGCGGGCAUUGGCGAAGAGGUACCCCGACAUCACCUCCGUCGCUAUUCACCCAGGUUACAUCAAAACGGAUAUCUUCACAGGAGUCUCAUUUAUGACCACCCUCCCUGUCCGCGUCUUGGCCGCAGGUAACUGGACGUCCGUCGAGGAAGGACCGUACAAUCAAACCUGGGCGGGGACCACUGCGAAGGACAACCUCGAGAACGGCGCGUACUAUGUCCCCGUCGCGACAAGGGGGGUAUUGGAAACGCCGGCGGCAAAGGACGAUGCACUGGCGGAUAAAUUGUGGGAGUGGACCGAGAAGGAGUUGGCUCUGUUUUUGUGA